AUGGCUAAGCAAAUUGAGAUUGAAGCAGAGAAGGAUGAAGACGUGCAAGCUGCACUUGAUGACCUUUUGGAAGGUCAUGCUGGCACUUCCUCUAAUUUGGGCCAUGACGAUCAUCUGGAAGCGUCUAAUAUGAGCUCUAAUUGCGCUCUGCCUCUGUUGACAAAAGCAGGAUCAUAUGGGAACCAAGAUGGCUCUAAAGACUUUUCUGGAGCAGCAACUGAUGUUUCUCUGUUGGAUCACACCAGUUCGGCAUUUGGCGGAUCUGCCAUAUGGCUCAAGACUUUUAAUAUUGAUCUGCUAUCUGAUCCAAAGAGAAAGUGGGUAUGGUCUGGCUUGCAGGGAUUCCAUUCAUAUUGCACGGUAUCACUUACUCUGGACAAUGAUGAUGCAGCAUCACCUGCAACUAAUGAGCUGGAGUUCAAUUGUCUGCUUGAAUCCGUGAACUGUAGUUACCUCCGAGACUACGGGGUGAUUGUGUGCAAAUCACUGCAUAACGGUGUUCCAUGCAGCUAUGCUGUGCCACUUGAGAGAUUGAUGAGACACUGCUACACUUCUAAAAAACUAGCAGAGUCUACCCCUUGCGGACCGCAUCAGAUAACAUUUUGCAAAAUCUCGAGAAAACCCAGCACCCUUCAAAUCCAGUUCUUGAAGGACAUCCUCCUGGACUACCCGGAUAUUGUGGCUACCUGUGGAGAGUUGCGUGACCUUUGCCUGUUGCCUAACCAACAUGGUCCAAUCCUUCACAUUCACCCUCCCAUCCCCAGACUUUCCGGUGACCUCAGCCAUACUCCAGUGGCAACCUACUGCCGCCAACACAGCGUGAAGAGAUUGGCCCAGCCAGUAGCUUGUUGGCUUCAUUACUUUCCAGGCACCAAGCAGAUAGGUGCUAUGGAACAUAUCCGGCCCUAUCAGUCGAAAGAGUUGCAUGAUCUUGUGGAUUUGCCCAGAUGCUCCGAUACUUUACUCUGGAAACUCAAACGUGCAGUGACAAAGCAUUUUCUAGGGUUGUUCCUGAUAGAAUGGAAGUUUGCUGUAAAUAAGAACAGAAGAAGAAGGGUGGCCAUCUCAGCCAAGGCACCCAGUCUCUUGGAGGAAAUGGAGCAUGUUAUUCACUUCUAUGUGGAUGAUGUAGUGAACUCCUGGAAAAUCAAUCCCCUCACCAAAGCACAAGGUUGCGAUCAUCCAUCUUUGGGAAGGUGUAUCGCCAUUGCACCAGGCGUUAAACCUCCUGUUCUUCUCCUCUGUAUUGGUAGAGUCAUCGAGCUAGUCAUUGAGUCUGCUCAUGUAGUAUGGAAUGUCGAGGAGUUCAGACAGUUCCUUAAUGAGUGCGAUGGUGGUGCAAUAUAUGAUGCCCCUAUCUUUCUCCUGGAGGACAAUUGA